AUGCUAUCUCCUUAUGACGUUUUUUUUCUUUCGUGCAUCUUCAGGCGUACGCCUCCGCCUCUACCGCCGCCUCUACCACCGCUUCUACCGCUGCUUCUAAACCUGCCACCCGAGAUCCUGUUACUGAUUGCGUCCCAGCUGUCUUCAUCCCCUGAAUCCCUCGUUGCCCUCUCGCUAACUUGCAAACCUCUAUUUUACUUCAUUGACAGGGACGCAUUGAAACUCUGCGAUCAGUCGCAGAAACAUCUUUUGCUAUUGCUUGAGAAAGAUCUCGGCGACAGGUUCUUCUAUUGCCCAUUCUGUCAAAAACUCCACCGCUUCUCGCAGCCAUGGGAUAACGUAAAUCUAUUCCGUUACAGCUGCCAGCGCUACCAAUACCGCAAUACUUUUAAGCCGAAUAACGCUUCCUCCUAUGAACUGAGCUAUUUCCAUGCGCGCCUCGUCAUGAACCGUCACUUCUAUGGUCCAACAAAAGGGCUACCUCUGGAAGGCAUCGUCUUUUCCGCCACAGCUAAUAAUGAGCCGGGUGAGCCAUUCUGGCAGGAAACCCCAUCCGCAAGGAUUAUUGACGAUGAGCUUUUCCUCUGUAUCACGCAUACGCUUGAGGGGAGAGGAACUACAUUACGGGAUAUCAUUGAUAGUGGAUGGUCUGGUAUUUGCAAGCACUUGACCCGUGAUCGUUUCCGCAGCAUGCCAGAGCUGUUGGAGCCGGGGGAAUAUGAGUCAAACGAGUUGUUGCUUUUCGAGGAUUGCCACAAUGGGCCGGGAUCCUGCAAUGUGUGCUUGACUGACUACACUACCACGGUUGAGCGCGGCGAGGUGCAUGAAAAGAUACGGGAUCGUUUUGGACAGGUUUCUUUGGGGCCGUUAAUCGACGGAUGGUCUAUCACGAUCACGGCCUACCAUCAGGUGGGACAGUGCCGAGACCCAGAGGAUUGGAAGUGGGCGAGAUUUAUAGAAUUUUAUAGGAUACUCUGUCAAGGCCCAUUCAAAGAACGAUAUAUGGCUCUUCAUCCCCUUGGUGCGAUAAAGGAAAGGUGGGAGACAGAGGGGGUUGUCAGUUUGACCAAAGAGUACUAGAUGAUGGAAGAAUCUAUGAAAGUAUAUCAAGAGGGGGAUACGCCACACCGUGAAGUUGAUACGCCUGUAAAUUCUAUUAGAUUUAUGUAUUUCUACUUUGGUGCCGCCAAAGGUAAACUUUAUUCUCUAUUUGGCAG